CUUUUUAAAUAUUUUGGGAAAACAAGAAUGUCUUUUAAAUGUCAACGAUGUAAACAGACUCUUCGUAUUGAUGACUCUUUAACUAAUUUAGAUCAAGCUUCUUCUGACAUGUUAAUUGCUCCCCUUAUCUCUGAAGAGCAACAUGAAAAGCAAACACAAAAAGCUCGUAUUAAACGUACUUUGAAACAACCACCACAGCCCAUCGAUGGUCGUCUGGUGGGGAUUAAACCUAUUCCAACACUUAAAAAGGAGAACUUUCCUCCACCUUCCGAAUCAUUUGUUGUCUUGCCUCGACCAGAAUUAACAGUCAGCUUAAAUAAUAACAAUAACAAUCAGAUUAGUUUAGACGAUGUUUCAAAUAAUACUUCCAAUCAGUUGAAUACAACAUCUUUAGAAACAACUCACAAUGCUAACUUGGUAACAGGUUCACAAGUGACUCCAACCGUUUCUACAUCAGCACCCAUAGAGGAUCCUAAUUGGUCACGAAAUAAUACAUUAUCUCAUCGUUUAAAGGUAGCAAAUCGUGUAUUUCAAAUCAUGUCUUCAAAAUCAAGUGUUGAUCAUCCCAUGUGUCAAGAAUGUACAGAUAUAUUAUUAGAAACACUUGAAAGACAAAUGUCAGACGUAAGUCGUGAGCGUGAUUGUUAUAUAGAAUUUCUAAAGAAGGUAAAAGAGGGUCGAGUUACAAAAGAAGAGGAAGAAGAGCUCAAAAAUCAAGUUGAAGAGUUAAAAUUAGCAGAAAAAGAAGCUUCAGAAGAACUAAUGAAAUUAAAAGAAGAGGAAGCAAGAUAUGAUAAAGAAUUGAAAGCACUAGAAAGUGAACUAAAAGAAUUGGAUCAACAAGAGGAAGAAUUUUGGGAAAAAGCAAAUGAAUACCAAACAAAUCUUCAACACUUUCAGAACGAGCGAGACUCAAUAAAUCUAAAAUAUGACCAUGAUGUUAAGCAAUAUGAAAGAUUACAAAAGACAGUUGUCUAUAAUGAUGCAUUUUGUAUAUCACAAGAUGGCCCAUUUGGCACUAUUAAUGGAUUUAGAUUAGGGAGAACAAGCACAUAUCCAGUUGAAUGGAAUGAGAUUAAUGCGGCUUGGGGACAGACACUAUUAUUAUUAUAUACAAUAGCUAACAAACUGAAAUUUCAAUUUAAAACGUACCGUCUUGUUCCAAUGGGGUCCUUUUCAAGGAUAGAAAAAGUAGAUGGAGAUAGCGUUAUAUCAUAUGAAUUAUAUGGCUCUGGUGAUUUUGGUAUAAAUAAAAUGUUCUUUUUGAAUAGAAGGUUUGAUCAUGCAAUGGUAGCAGUGUUAAAUUGUUUAAAACAAUUAACAGAUUAUGCUGAAGCAAGGGAUAAAACCAUAAGAUUACCUUACAGAAUCAAUAAAGAUAAAAUUGGCGAUUUGUCGAUCCGUAUUCAGUUUAAUCAAGAUGAUUUAUGGACAAAAGCAUUAAGAUACAUGCUCAUCAACAUGAAAUGGAUCCUUGCUUUUUCCAGUAGAGCUAAUAAUAUAAUUAUACCGAAUGAGUCUCCUGCAGAUAGUUCUGUUCUAAUCUAAUUUUUAUUUAUAUCAUAAAACAUAAUAAACGUAGUAUACCAUUUAUCAUGAAAAUAAACUCAGAUUUGAAGGAAG